AUGUCUCCAAACUCAAAGGAAAUAGCUAAUCCAUCUUCUGAAACCACACAAUGCAUUGACCUAACUUCUACCUCACCAAUCCCAGUAGAAUCCUCACCACAAACGGUUGUCAUCUCUCAAGCUCCAGUUUCUCUUCAAACUGAAACUAUCUCAAAUGUUGAAAAUCUUUCAACUCUGGAGACUUCUGACACUGACAUGAUCAAUAUUUUCUCUCUUGAAAACUUUCUUUCAAGUCCUCCUGCUGAUUCAGCUCACCAACCACCCUCACCAAUAUCUCCACACACUCCUGCUUCCAAUCCAAACCCGGAUGCUCAGUUGUUCUCACUCAUAUCCAUGCUUGAAGCUGAAUUAUUAACUCCACCUGCUUCAAAUCAACAAACUUCAAUUAUCCCCCGUGUUGUCACCUACACUUCCCUUUCUAUGACAAUAGUUCCUGUCUCUGCCACCUCACCAUUGAAUUCUCCAAAAUCCUAUAAAGAACCUUCUCCUCCAAGAAUUCAACUCACUUCCAUUAAUCACACAGACUCUGAUGAUCUUACUGCUCAGAUAGAAGCCUUCUUCAACAACCCCAUUCAACUACCUGAACAAACUAGUCUUACAGAAACACAUGCUAUGCCUUCUGUUCCACAAUCUGAUCCUUAUAUCUUCCAAACAAACUCUCCAAUUUUUUCCUCUCCAAAGGAAGAUGAUGACAACUCUUUCAAUGUUCAAACUCUUCUUGCUCCAAGGUAUGACUCAUCACCCCCAAGAAACACCACUAAUAAUUCCAAUACCCUUCCUCAGCAUCCCAUCGUAUCCAUCACAUCCUCAUUCUUUAACAAUUUCCCCAGCAUUGGUAAUCGUCCUCCCGUUUAUCCUCGAACUACAACCUCAUCUGAUACGGUUAACCCCCAUCAGGGCAUUUCUCUUCGAUCACUUACAGCUCUACAAAAGCAAGGCAUGGCUUACCAAAAAUUAUGGGUUGAUUACGUCACUGAAAAAAUUUGCCCACGGUUUCCUGGAAUGCUCCCUCCGGAUCCCUCUCAGAUUCAGUUUCCAAUACUGCCAUUAUCUUCUGAGGCAACAUCUGAUGAUGAACCAUCUGUUCCUUAG